CGCUGUCUUCCGGUGUUUCUUUCUCCUAUAAAGAAGGGGUAAAACACUUUCCGAGGCAAUCCCCAGAUUCUCUCGAAGGUCUGACCUCCUUCUGCUUCUUCUCCUCCUCUCAGCGACGACCAUUGCAUUUGCAGCUCAGCUCACUCACAGGUGGAAGAAACGAUCACCAUCACUACACCACCGAAAUGGGUUUUCUUGACAACCUCUGGGACGAAACCCUGGCCGGCCCCGUCCCCGAUUCUGGCCUCGGGAGGCUCCGGAAGCUCACAGUCCAGCCGGCGAUUCACGGAGACGGCGGCCUCCUCGUUACCCGAAGCAUCACCAUUGCCAAAACCACUCCUACCUCCGCUCUCCUUCCCAGCACGGCCGAGCCUCCGUCUCCAGGGACACCUUCUGCGGAUUUCAAGAAGUUGAGCAGGAGAAAACAGGCUGCGGAAACUUCACAGCGGGCAGAGCCUAGAAGUCCUACCGUUUAUGACUGGAUUGUGAUCAGUGCUUUGGAUCGCUGAUGGAGGGAGUGGAGAUUUUGCUUUGAGGAUCGGCAGUGAUAUGUCCACAAAGAGAAAUCUCGGUUUGCCUUUGAUGCAACUUAGUAGUGCUAAUAAGAUGAUCGGAAGGAACAAGGCCUCUACUCAAGUUUUGUACAGGAAAACUCCGAGGAGUAGGAACCGCGCUUCUUGUUUGGUUUCUCUGUACUUUGUCUGUACAUAUGGUGUUCCCUGUUUUUCGGCCUCGUAUUAUAUUGCUGCCCUGACUUGUGUAAAUAUUGGGAUGUGUAGUCGUCUUUGGUAUCAAUGAGAACGUGUGUUGGACCGACCCAAAAAAUCGGAUCCUCUAGUGAAGUACGUUAUUUCACACGAUCAAUCACACAUGGGCAUGUGUUUUUGAGAAA